AUGGAAACUAUUCCCGUUGAAAACAUUUAUAAAGGGUUCAUUUUUGAUUCUUUAAAAGAGGAUGGGUUCAUACGCUUAUCACCUUUUAUUAUAGCAAAGCGUGCGUUAGCAGGCACUGCCAUUUCUGCUAUCGUUGCUAGUGUUGCUGUUGCUGGUAUUGCUUUAAUGCCACUCGCGAUUGUUGUGAUAGGUAUGGAAGCAUUAGGAACUAGUAUUCUUGCUGGAAUGACUGCAGCGAGGGCAUUUUCAGGAGAAACAAGAGAAGGAUUAGAAAAAUUGGAAAAUUUUGUUUCCGUUAUAAAUGAAAAUUAUAGUGAUUUGCAUCCAAAAGUGAUUUUUGACAUGAAGUAUCAGCUUCUUGAUAGUAAGGAGAAUGAAAAAUUAAAAUCAUUUCUUAAAGGGUUUGAUUUGGCUCGAAAAGUGGCCAAUAAAAGUAUCAAGCAUUUCGAAUUCUCCGUUAAUAUAGUUGAUGAGAGAUGUCUUAAAGGUUCCAAUUUUUUGUAUAAUCACUUGGCCGAUACCUACGGAAAUGAACAUGUUACUUUGGAACAGAGAAAUUACUUUUUGAAAGAAAAUAAUAUUUUUAUUUCAAGGGGUAUCAAUGAUAUAAUCCUCCUUCUUUAA